ACGCGUCGUCGAGCCCACGCUUGCCUCGUUAGAAGAAUUUCAAGAACGCGACAGCGGGUGGGCUUUGUCGCGAAUCCUCGAUUUAACUGUAAAUAUAAAUAAAUAUAAUCCAAUGCGCGCGGGGUGCCAUAUUAAAUUACCGCGAGAAAUAAUAAUGAAGAGAGCGGUGAUAAACGUGCAAUCCAAAGACAAUGCGUGUUUCGCGUGGGCGGUGGUCGCUGCUUUGUAUCCAGCUGAAGAUCAUGUUUAUCGGGAAUCUUCGUACCCGCAUUACAUAACAGUGCUGAAUCUCCAGGACAUUGAGUUUCCAGUGACUGUUAAUCAAAUUAAAAAGUUUGAACUUCAUAACGACAUUUCGAUAAAUGUAUACUGCAUCGAGAAAGAGAAUAACGUUGUCCCGAUACGCCUUUCGGUGCAAAAGAAGGACAGACACGUCAACUUGCUGUACAUGCAAGAUUUGCAAGACGUCGGACAUUUUGCGUGGAUCAAGAAUUUAUCCCGACUCGUGAGCUCACAAUUGAGUUGUGGCAAACGAAGACAAUAUAUCUGCGAUCGAUGUUUACACUAUUUUGGAUCAGACGACAAAUUGCAGUCGCACACUGUAGACUGUCGAGAAAUGAACGAGUGCGCCAUCCGAUUACCGGGCGAUAAGGACAAGUGGCUCGCGUUCAACAACUACAACAGAAAGGAGUGGCUUCCAUUUGUCGUAUACGCCGACUUGGAGUGCGUGCUGAGAAAGACCGACGGUGAUCCGAUGACGUCUACGUAUACGUUUCAACAUCAUCAAGUAUUUAGCGUAGCUUAUUAUGUACAUUGUUCGUACGACGAAUCGUUAUCCGCGUAUCAUUCUAGCCGCAGUACGGACUGCGUUUCGUGGUUUGCGGAAAAAUUAAAAAAUUUAGCGCAACGCAUAAAGACUAUUUUAACCACGAAUAUCCCCAUAUUAAAUUUAACGCGAGAUGAGCGGGAAAAGUUUCACAGCGCGACACACUGUCACAUUUGCGAAAAACCGUUUGCGCAUUCAGUACUAGUCUCGAAAAAUUUAUUGACGCGAAAAGGUGUCUUUUCAUACGAAUAUGUGGAUUGCGCGGACAAGCUGCAGGACACGCGUUUACCAUCGCGCGAAUCAUUUUACAGUUCCUUGACCGGUGACACUAUAUCCGAGAGCGAUUACGCGCACGCCGAGAAUGUCUGGAAGCGGUUCUCCGUUCGAACGCUGGGCGAAUACAGAGACUUGUAUUUAAAAACGGAUGUCUUGUUAUUAGCCGACGUUUUUGAAAAUUUCCGCGACAAAUGUAUCGAGAGUUAUGGGCUCGACCCCGCGUAUUACUAUACUCUUCCCGGAUACAUGUGGGACGCAUGCUAA